CACUUACUCUAUACUCUUUGGUUGCGCGACACGACUGAUUGUCAAGCGCAUCUGUCAAUCAACAUUAGCAAAUUUAUUAGAUUUCCGUAAUUAUAGUUGUAUAUGUUUUUACUCAAGAUAAUUUAAACAAUGCCGAAAAACAAAGGAAAAGGAGGUAAAAACAGAAGGAGGGGGAAGAAUGAAAACGAAACUGAAAAGCGUGAGUUGGUCUUUAAAGAAGACGGACAAGAGUACGCCCAAGUCACAAAGAUGCUCGGUAAUGGCCGCUUGGAGGCCAUGUGCUUUGAUGGCAUAAAACGUCUAUGUCAUAUUCGAGGGAAAUUAAGGAAAAAAGUAUGGAUAAACCAAGGAGAUAUUAUACUUAUCGGCCUACGAGAUUAUCAAGAUGCCAAGGCAGAUGUCAUCCUGAAAUAUACUCCUGACGAGGCAAGAAAUCUGAAAACGUAUGGAGAGUUUCCUGAAACAGUACGCAUCAAUGAGACUGUUGUCUAUUCUGUUGACGGUCUGGACGAAGACAUUGAGUUUGGAGACGAAGUCAGUUCAGAAGAUGAAGCUGAUGCAGUAGAUGCUAUAUAAUACCAUUCUUAUGUAUACAUCUACCAAAUGAUGGAUUUUGGGCUGAUUAGCAACAAUUCGAGAAAACCUGAAUAGGUCUUGUGCGGUGCCAUACAUGUUUUAUGUAUGAUAAAAUUUAUCUUGGUUCCUAAGACAGCAUUGGCAAUAUUCAGGCAACAUCUUAAUAUCCACCAUUACUACAAGUGUAUUAGGAACCAUUUUUUCCAUUCAAACAAAACAGAUUCAUUUUUGUAUAAAAUAUUUAUUUAACAUAAAUAAUAAACUUGG